GUUGCCCCACAACGCCAACGGACUUGCAUUGUGGCUAUACGGCGCUCUACUUUCAAAAAACUACUUAAGCAACACCAAGAAGCUUCCAAUACACAUCAUCGAAGCUCCAAUUAAGCAACAACAACCACAUUCACUCAACAGCAAUCUUCAGACUGGUUCUGAACAUUCACACUCCUUCAACUUUCAAUUUUCACCAACUUCGCUUUUGACAAACCCAACCUUCAGCUUUCGAUCACUUCCUGUCUUUUCAACAACACUUCCAACAACAUUACAUUCUCAACCAACUCAAACAACUCAACCAAGAUGUCUUCUACUAUGACUAAGACUUCUCUCUUCGCAACCGUGCUGGCCAUGGCUUCCAUCACCUCCGCCCACAUGUUUAUUGAGAACCCUGUUCCUUUCGGUGGUGUCAAGAAGGACCCGCUGGACCCGUCUGGCUCAGACUUCCCUUGCCAGGGUAGCAGCUACGAGGUCAUAACCGUUAACGAUUGGACUGUUGGCUCUGAUGUCACCGUUAGGUUCCCCUCAGAGCAAACUGCUACCCACUCCGGCGGAUCCUGUCAAAUCUCCGUCAGCAAGGACGAGAAGCCUACCAAAGACUCUGAGUGGAAGGUCAUCCAUUCCAUCGAAGGCGGCUGCCCUACAACUUUCCCAGGAAACAUUAAUAACCCUAAGGAUCUCGGCUCUUACAAAUUCACGGUCCCCGCCACACUUCCUGAUGGUCGCCUAACGAUGGCUUGGACCUGGUUCAACAAGUCUGGAAACCGCGAGAUGUACAUGAACUGCGCGCCCAUCAAAGUCGCCGGUGGCACUGGAGAGGGCUUCGACAGCCUGCCAGACAUGGCUACUGCGAAUAUCGGAGGUGCAUGCAACACUAAAGAGGGUUCUGACUAUACCUUCGCCAACCCUGGAAAGUCCGUCGCUAAGCUUGGCACCGGCCCCUUCAUGGAGCUCUGUGGUGGCGCUGCCUCUGAGGGUGGCAGCACCGGUGGCUCCACUCCCUCACCUCCUACUACUCCCAAGGAGCCCACUCCCACACCCAAGGAGCCCGCCGCCUCAACACCCGAAGAGCCCGCCCCUACCGCACCCAAGGCACCCAAGACUCCCACGACUGGCGGCUCCACUGGAGGCGGCUCGUCCUGCUCUGACGAAGGUGCCCUUAUGUGCAACGGCGAUUCUCAGUUUGGAAUCUGUACCAACGGCCAGGUUGUCUACCAGUCCGUCGCUGCCGGUACCAAGUGCUCCAACGGUGCGAUCGCUCGCCGCGAACUCCACCGCAACGCUCGCACUGCUCUCCCUCCUUAUUAAGUCCACCAUCAGGGAGAGGGUCGCUGUACAGAUAUGACAUGGUAAGAGAAGGGUUUUGUUAGGGAAUUGCAUCGCAAGGGCUCAUCAUUUGGUUGAUUUGGUUUGCAUUAGAAUUUCAUCGUUGGCUUGGCCAUUCACUUCUGCCUGGAGCAGCGGGAUCGGCGGAGUUCGGCGUUUUUAGACACAUAGACAGCAUUUGACGUACGCCUCGAGCGUUCAAUGUAUCUGAUUCAAGUA